CUCUCUCGCUCUCUCUCUCUCUCUGCCAUUUCUCGCUCGUUCGUACCUUUCGGCGUCGGCGUCUCUUAAACGUUUACUUCCACGACGGCGGAGGAGAAGAAAGGGGCCAAUAAAUCAGUCUCUCAGUUCCUGCACUUGGUGCAGAACCCUAAAAAUCAGAGAGGAGAAAUCUAUCUUCGGAUCUCAUCGAUUUUUGAAGGUGAUAAGAACCUCAAUUCGAUCGCAGCCGCGGUUUGAUCUCUCUUUCCAGGUCUUUCAUCUGUCUCCAUGGAUGAGUCGUUCGCUAAUCUGCCGACGAGCCAUUUGCUUGGUUCAGUUCCUGCCGUGAUCGGUGAUGACAAGCAAACCACAGCCUUACGUCAGGGCCCUGAUGCAAACAUGCAAAUAUUCCCACCAAAUAAUGGAAGCAAUGCAAGGGGCUAUCAGACUCUUGAGACUCCAACAGAGGGAUUUGAACAGCAGCCAGCAAACAACUGGAAUGGGGUAUUUAGUGUCUCAUCAUAUGUCCAAUAUUUCAAUGUGGACACAGAUGUUGUCUUGAACAGAUUGAUGAGUUCAUUCUAUCCCACAAGUGGAGACUUUUUCAGCAAGAUUGAUGCAAACCCAGAUCUAUAUGGACUUGUCUGGAUCUCUACCACGCUAGUGUUUGUGCUUGCUUCUCUUGGAAACUGUGCCACAUAUCUCAUGAACAAACGGACCGACAGCACUGUUCCUUGGACCUUCGAUGUGAAUUAUGUAAAUUUGGCAGCUUCGUCAAUCUAUGGCUACGUGAUAAUAGUUCCUCUGGCAUUUUAUUUCGCGCUGCAUUAUAUGGGGUCCAAGUCUGAUCUUCUGAGAUUCUGGUGCCUGUGGGGAUACUCUCUCUUCAUUUUCAUUCCGACGUCUUUUCCACUGCUUAUCCCGGUGGAGUUUCUCAGAUGGGUCAUUACACUCCUGGCCGGUAGCGCUUCAUCGUGCUUCGUCUCCCUGAAUCUACGGUCAUACCUCGAGGGAAACGAUCUAACGGUGGUAAUGGCGGCAGCAUUUGCUCUACAAAUGGCCAUUUCCAUCUUCAUCAAGGUCUGGUUCUUUCCAUAAUUUCCCCCCAUAUUCCACACCACCUGACACAAAAUGUUUAUCUAUAGCCCUUUUGAAUUUUGCUCUGUUACUCACUUCUCGAGAGUAUCAAAGAUGUUAUCUGGGUUGGUAGUUUCAUGGUUGAAUUGAAUCACUGGGUUUGUGUUUCAGUGAGUUGAGUUGUGUAGGAUUUGUGGUGUGAUUUUUUCUUCAACUGAUUGUGCUUGCCUUUCCAAUCUUGUAUUUUCUGUCCCCCUUUGGUUUUUUUCCUGUGGUAAAUACUGUGACAUAUACAUCAACAUCAUCUUAGUCCCAAGUUUAUUUGGGGUCCA